AUGCAUGAAUGCAUCAGUGUCCACAUCGGUCAGGGGGGCUGCCAGAUUGGUACUGGUUCCGGAUUCACAUCACUGCUUAUGGAACGCCUCAGCGUCGACUACGGUAAAAAGUCGAAGUUUGAAUUUGCAAUCUAUCCAGCGCCUCAAGUCUCUACUACCGUCGUUGAGCCCUACAAUGCAAUUCUCUGCACACACACGACAAUUGAGCAUUCAGACUGCGCUGCCAUGUUCGACAACGAGGCCAUUUAUGAUAUUUGUCGGCGCAAUCUGGACAUCGAACGACCCACUUACACCAAUCUGAACAGACUUGUGGGUCAGGUAGUCAGCUCCAUGACAGCAUCACUCCGAUUCGACGGUGCCCUUAAUGUUGACCUGACUGAAUUCCAGACCAACCUGGUGCCCUACCCCCGUAUUCACUUUCCCCUUGUUACAUAUGCUCCGACCGUAUCUGCUGAGAAGGCUUACCAUGAACAGCUCAGCGUUGCCGAGAUCACAAACGCUUGCUUCGAGCCAGCAAACCAGAUGGUUAAGUGUGACCCUCGACAUGGCAAAUACAUGUCUUGCUGCAUGCUUUAUCGUGGAGAUGUCGGCCCCAAAGACAUCAACGCAUCUAUUGCCACCAUCAAGACCAAGAGGACCAUCCAAUUCGUUGAUUGGUGUCCCACUGGUUUCAAGGUCGGCAUCAACUACCAACCACCUACUGUCGUUCCAGGUGGCGACUUAGCUAAGGUCCAACGGGCGCUUUCAAUGAUUUCGAAUACCACUGCAAUCUCUGAGGCCUGGGCUCGUCUUAACCACAAAUUCGAUCUAAUGUAUGCCAAACGUUGCUUCGUCCAUUGGUACGUUGGCGAAGGCAUGGAGGAAGGUGAAUUUUCUGAGGCCCGUGAAGAUAUGGCAGCUCUCGAAAAGGACUACGAGGAAGUCGGGCAGGACAGUGUUGAAGGUGAAGGUGAAGAAGAUGAAGAAUAUUAA